CAGCAGUAGUGGACGGUAAGUGCGUACGCGUGGAGUGCUUCUAAUGCUCUAGUACCGUACCGUACCGUGCUGUGCUGCUCUGAUGUGUGAUGAUGAUGCUCCUUCCCUCACGCCUUCGUCGCAUAUCUCCAGUCGCGCACAAUCGAGGCUCCCUCCCACGCACCAUCGCGCAUCCUGUCCGUACGCCGUACGCAGAUGUACAGUGCAGGUUAAUGAACGCCUCUGACACCAUCACCCAAACUUCCCGCAUCGCAUCACCUCGGCCUGAUGCACAGUCUGCAGUCCGUCUAGCUGCAGUCUCACAUUCGAAGCACCGCACGCGGCCCAAACUCCUCCCACAUGCUCAGUUUUUCUCAAACACUCACCGUCUUUUCUCUCGAUCGGUGUAGGUAGGGGCCGCGGAACAAUAUACCGCCCGCCCCCCCUGCUACUCCGACUCCCGCUCCGGCGUGCAUAUGGGAGGAUGAGAUAACUCCGCAGUAGUGAGGAACCUAACUUAGGUCAUGUCUACCAUCUUACCACCCUGUUGGGGAGGAUGUAUUACCAAAGGUACAGGAGAGUGCGUGUGUGCGUGUGCGUCCAUACAAGUAACAUGCCUGUCAGCUUGCAGCUACUUACUUACCUUACUUUGCUAUUACCAGAGAGCCAACGGGGUUAGUGAGAGUAUCAGCCUGCAUUGUCCGGGGCUAGACUGGCUCAGGUUCCGGCCGUUUACAAGGGUUUCAUCUCCGCUUCAUCCCCGGACCUAUGCCAUGCCAUCUCACAGAACCUCGAAGCUUUGUCAAACCACGGAAGAGGAUAUAUUGACCAUCCCAACGGACGUCGUCUGAUGAUCAAACUCCUCUCGGAAUUGUAACUCGAAAGUCGACGGUAAGCUGCUCAUGCCAUCAGCCUUUCCCCCUUCCCCGAGCACCAAUUCCUCAGCAGCGGCUUCCAAUGUUUGCCUUUCCGCCAAUGGAUGCCGCUGCUGUAGUGUGCCCUUGACUCUCUCCCUCUUACCUUCCCGUGGCCGCUCUCGCACCACGUAUCUCAUAUUUCCGCGAGAGCGUGUCCACAGUUGAUCACACCGGAACAUGGAUUUCGGGCCGUACCGUUGGCAACUGGGCGCUUGAGACGAAAGCAGCAGCUCGGUUCCCCCCCCAGCCCCAGGGAAGGUCCACGGUCGUCUACCAGACUUUUCGAUCACUCACCGCCACCAACCUCCCCCCCUCUCCGGCUUUUUGUGGUAGGCCAAGGGAUGCAGGACAAAUAGGCGGGAGCGGGUAGGAGGGAGAGACGUGUUCGAUUCCCGAGGUGAUAGGAUGGGCGGGGUUUGUAUUUGGAAAAGUGACAGAGUGUUCAUUUUCUCGUUGUCCGGCGUUGUCUCGCCCGAGCUUCGACCGACGUCGUGCGUGCGAGCGCCGAUGAUGAAUAAUCUGGGGAUGCCGUUCAGGGCCGCUGAGAUGGAGGGCUGCUGGGACGACUGCUCGGUGACGACACUGGGUCUGUCUCUAUAUAUAUAGCUAUGUGCGACCGGUUUAUGGGACCUGUAGAAGCGUACGGCCACGUGGGGGGAGAGCUGCAACAGUCCCAGAAGAGUGGAAGGUGCAUUGAUGGGCGCAAAAAGAUUCGUUCUGGUGAUGGAAGCUUAUCAUUAUGGAAGGGUUAUCCCAAGGCUCGUGGGGGCUCAGCCUUGUGUGUCACGUGAUGUCGAUUUGGGGGUAUAUUGCAAUCGGAGGUCAACCUUCUGUGUAAGGUCUAUUGAUCAUUCUUGAACUAAGAUCGGGGCUCGUAUACUUUGUAGUAGUAGAUGCUACCUUCUGUUAUGCAGUACUUUGAAAAUUCUCUUUGAGGUUUUAUUUUAAACUCAUAUGGUUGGCGAAUAUGAAUCGAUUAUAUUUCCGGUAAUGAAAUAAUAAAAUAAUUAUUUCCCUCCCACAUUAUCGAAUCAAUUACCAUUCUUCAAUAUCCAAUCCUUCAAUAUCUAAACCAUCACAUGGAUAUUCAUAUCCAUCUCAACAUAACCUCAGUCCUUACUACGGCUCCUCGCUCCUCGCACCUUCCCCCCAUCUCCCACACCUCCGCGGAUCUUCCCGCCCCCAUCAAUCGCCACUGCCAACCAACUCACCCAACGCCGCAGCCUAACGGCAAGGCUGAAGAACUUCCCAAAUUUAACCCAUCUCUCAACCUACCCACUCAGUCCCCCCCAAUUCCAAAGCGACAAUGCUGCGACGAUAACACCCAUAAAUACUGGCAAACCGCUGUUUUACGUUGAUAUUAUAAUUGCAGUUUGCAUAGCGAGGAGAUAUUGAGUUUGCUACUUCCCCUCACCAAGCCGAAUAUACAAUUGCCCAGCCAGCCUCCUCAGAAUCCGAAUACCCCCCAAAAAGACACUGGAGUUCGGAGAUUUUGCUAUACACGAAGAGUCGAAAGCGGGGGCUUGUAAUAGCUCGUUUUUUAUACACGAUGUCACAACCGUCACCAACAGGCGUGGUGAUCCCAAAGACGCCCGCUGCUGCUGACGCUGCAAACUCAGAGUUGAGGUCGGAGAUUAACGCUCAGCUUAUUAAGGAUGGGCAUAUUGAACGCAUCCACAACCACCUAAAACACAUCCUCUCCUCCGACGCCUCCGACUGGCCCACCCGCAUCCAACAACACGCUCUCGCGCUGCUCCGCUCCCCAGACUCAGAAUGCGACACCUUCCCAAGGCUGAUGGAGCGGGUGAUGGCGGAUAUUAGGGAGGAUACUAAUGCGGCGCGACGGGAGGCGGGGGCGAGGAAGAGGGCCGAGGAGAGGGGGGAGGUUUAUACUGGGAGAGGGGAAGGGGGGGAUAUGAGGGAUACGAGGGAUAGGAGGGGGGAGAGGGAGACAGGGGGGUUGGAGAUUCCGGGGGUGGUGAUGCAGGAGGGGGUGAGGAUUACGAGGGAGUGUUUGGAGAUGGUUGUUGAGGUUAGGCCUUGAUUUUGGGAGGGUUGACGAGGGAGGAUUAAUUGGGGAGAUGGGGACAGGAAGGAUAAUUGAAGAUGGGAGAAAGAGGUUAAAAGAGAGCUGAUGGAGAGGGGAAGGAGGCAUGGGGGCCGGAUAGAAGUAUGCAUUUGGGAAAUCGGCGUUUUUGGAUAUCGAUUACUACUACUACUACUACUACUACUACU